CUACACCUCACAGAAAGCUAACUGGAUCAUUGGCUUGCCUCAUCUAGAGCUUCUAAGUUCCAGCCAAUCACAGUGGUCCCAGGAAAUGUAAAUGUUAGUCUAAAUUGAGAAUCAUUCACUUCAGUUAGUCCAGCGUUGGUUCAGCAUCAAACUAUGACAAUGUUUUUAGCAAUGACGAUUCUGCGUACUGCAUUGCUGAUUCAAACCCAAGAGGAUCCUGAAUCACUCUAUUUGAAAGAAGCUAAACUUGGAGAUACUGUCACUCUGGAUUGUACACUUUUGAAAGACCGGAAUAUUAAUGAAGGGAUGAUCUGGUUUAAGCAAUCUCUGGGAUAUAAUCCCCAAAUGGUAGCUAACAGAAGUUAUGGAUCAAAUAAGAUUAAACCGUCCUUUACGUCGAGGGUCACAGUAGGAGAAGGAAGUAACUUCAAUUUGACAAUCAGCAACGUUCAAAAAGAGGAUGAAGCAAAUUAUUUCUGUAAUCAAAAAAGACAACGUGAAGACAUUUGGAUUAUUGGCGUUUUCCUGACUGUCAAAGAUCCCAGUGACCAGAGGUUUGUCUCCCAGACUGUGGUCCAACAGCCUGUGUCUGCAUCAGCUCAGCUGGGAGACCCUGUGGCUCUCCAGUGCUCUAUUACCUCCCAGAGGACGGACCACAGUAACCAGUGCCAAGGGGAACCCAGUGUGUACUGGUUCAGAUCAGGACCAUCUCACCCUGCUGCCAUUUACAUGAAUGGGAACAGGACUGGUGAAUGUCAGAAUAGUUCUGGGCCUUCGUCUGCUCCACAGAGCUGUGUCUACACUCUCCCCAAGAACAAUGUAGACUCCUCUGAUGCUGGGACUUACUACUGUGCCCUGGCAGCAUGCGGGGAAGUUGUGUUUGGAAAUGGAACUAAACUGGACCUAACAGGUCAAUAUAUUUGACUUCUUACCUCGAGAAUAUUUCUUUUUUUAUAAUACUUGUUUAAGCGAUAACUUUUAAUUAUGAUAGAAUUAUAAUAUUGUGUACGAUAUUGGUUAUUUAUUUGCUUGACAAUGAAUCUCAAUGUUUUUCUCAAUUUAACAUUAUGGAAAUAAUGUACUUUUUUUCUGAAAAACUUUUUCAUGAAGAUCCCUUUCCUUUAUAUGAUGUGUAAUUGGGUAAUUGUGUAAUUGUUUAUAGAAGUUAC